UGGGUCAAGGGACAUCUCCCAAACAAAUGGGCUCUUUUCUAUCCAAUUUCUAAUGGAGGUGACCACAUUUUUUUCAGAAACUAUCAUAAAAAAGUUAAUGUUUAUACUUCCAAGUAGCUGUGACACAUGCAACGAGUCCUGUAUUCAAUCAAGCGGUUGAAUAUCAUGCCUAGUUUUGCAUAAGCAAAUAGUCGACAGCAGAUGUGGAUUAUGAGAUGUACCGACACCGCGACAAUAUAGAGCCCACGAUAAUACAGAGUCAUACUAUAAUAGGACCAAAAUAGAGUAUUGUUUCUGCCCCUAUAUAGUUUGGCCUAAAAUGAUUGGGAGGAUGCAGUGUGAAUGGUACAAUCUUUGUAUUCUGGAAGUAAACCGGAAAUAUCAAAGCCAGAUAUGGGGGUUUGAAAACGAUGUGGAUGGUGUCCAGAAAUAUAAUACUUAAUUUGCUUUUCAUAUGUUGAGCAUUUCUCUACGAUUGCAUAGAUAGAUGUUCAUUAUAUGCCAAUCAAACUAUAAACUCUGAUGGGGUCACUCUUGAGGAACUGAUCGAGAGUGACCAAAUCAGCUCUAUAAACAGCUACUAAAUGAAUGUAAUCACAUGAUUUCGUUCUUGUUUUGAGCCUGUGCAGCGUUGCGUCCCUUGGUCAAGCCAGAAACCUAUGAUGAUAGACUAGUGGAUGUGAUGAGAAGCAUGAUGCGCCACAGCCUGUGUGGAGCUUGUAGGAACUUCACCAACAUUGGCUGGCUCUGCCGGGCCCGGACAUGGUCCCACUGCCUCAUCCUCAUUCUAACACUCAACAUCAUCUUCUACCUCAACAGCUGCCCCUUCUUCACCGACCCCGCAGACAUAAAAAACUGGAAGCAUGGUUUUGUCAAUGAACUCCCAGACCACCAUUUCAUCUCCUUUAGGUCCCGAUUGGGUGAAGAUGUCAAGGACACUCUCCGAAGUUCUGUUCCACCAACUGUCCACUACUUUUGGUGUCAGACGGGAAGCUUUCAGUUCCAGCAUUACCUGAGUGUCCUCAGUGCGUACAAACUGCUCCAACCCAGCGAGAUAAUAUUCCACUACAACAGCCUACCAGAAAGAGAUGAUCUUGGUUAUUACCAAUACUUUGAAGACCUGUUGAGAGAUUUGCCCAAUUUGUUUCCAGAACCGUUGUCAGACAGUAGAGCCUGUCAUGAAAAUUCCCACAAAGCACUGGAAUAUAUUUCUGACAUGUUAAACAAGCAGGGAGGUGUUGUCCUUGGUGUGAAUGUUGUACUUUCUGAAAAUAUACUGCAGUUUAUGAACAAACCAAUAUCUUUGAACCAUGUGGAAAUUAAUUUUGCAUCCACUGGUGUCCUGAUGAUGUCACCAAAUGUGCUAACAGCCAACACCAAAACAUCUAUUUUAACUUCCCCGACAAACAUCCAAUGCUCCCCCAACUCCACCUUCAGGAACCAGCAUCAUCCCUGUGCCGUCCUCUUGAGGGAACUCUUCCCUGUCCAGAUCUUUCACCUGCACAAUGAUUUUGGUGAGCUUGCACGAUUUGUUGGAUAUGGUCAAAAGGAGUCGCUGGUUGCCUCGCCUCAGAAAGACCUCAUCCCAAACAUUGUCCACUAUGUUUGGCUUGGAGAUAAUUACUUUACCUUCUUCAAUCAGUUGUGUCUCCUCAGCGCUUUGCAUAUUCAGAAAGCAGAAAAGAUUUACAUUCAUGGAAAUAAAGAACCAAGAGGGAUAUACUGGGAAGAAGUAAAAAAUCUGCCCCAGGUGCAGUUUAUUUUUCGAGAUUUCCCUCAUUUUGUGUUUGGAAACGAGUUGAACAAUCCAUCUCAUGCCAGUGAUAUUUUGAGAGUUGAUGUUCUACUUCGGUACGGAGGUGUCUACUUGGAUUGGGAUAUACUGUUGGUGAAGCCGUUGUCAGAAGGUCAGAGGAAGUAUGAAGCUCUUGUGUGUGUGGAUUGGCCGCAGGCAGGCCAUUACCCUGACACAUUCAACAUGGGCAUAAUGGCUGGUAAACAAGGAGCUACUUUUCUCCAGUUCAUGAUGGAAUCAUUCCGUCACUAUGUGGACAGGGACUGGGCGUUCAAUGCCAUCCAGGUACCCUACAAGGUUUAUGAACAACACCCAGACAGUGUCCUUCUUGACCGACACCUGCAGGUCAUCUGCUUCAAAGGGUCCUGUCAUCCAACAUGGAGGGCAGGAUACAAAGAGAUCCCAGAUGAUGUUCAAGAUUCUCCACAGUUUGACUGGAAGACAGAGGCGAACGGGAUUCACUGGACAUUCCCAGACCCAACUGAGUUUUCAGACAAGAAGACUCUGCUCGCCUCUACUGGCUUGUAUGCAGACAUAGGGAAGUAUGUCCUACACCAAGUUGGUGGCUAAUACUAAAUACCGUAUUCGACGUAAUAAGCCACCUGCUCUAAUAAACCCCCACGGCCAUAUUUGCUAAUAUAUUGGCUAGUGAACAAUCCCAAUUAGCACCCUUUCCGAUUCGUCAAUGUACGAAAGACUUAUUUAUUUGCGUAUAAUGCGCACUCGUGUGUUAUAUGCACCCUUAAU